AUGGAGAACGAAGCAGUCGACGAAUUGAUCCGGUCGCUCGCGUCCGACAAGCUCAUCACUCUCCACAUUGGCAACAAUUCCGAGACUUCGUUCUCAGUGCACAUCCAGCAGAAGUUCCUCGAGGUCGCUAGCACUUGGUUCCAGAAAGCAUUUCGAGACAGCAAAUGCGAGCAGACCAGUGUCUUCACCUUCACUGACGACGAUCCCGACACGUGGAAAACAGUACUGUACUGGAUCAUGCACCACAAGCUUCCAGAAAACAAGGACAAAACCAACCGCUCGGAAAAAUUUAUCCGCAACGCGAAGUAUUGGAUCGUCGGACACAAGUACGGAAUCGCUGGAUUCCAGGACGAAAUCAUGAUUCAACUACUCAAGGAAGUCGAUGAUCAUGGUCCCUGCGUCCUCACUGAGCGAGAAAAGUGUGCAGACCUGAUUGCUGUGACCCCUCCAGAGUCCGUGCUUAUGAGACUUCUUGCCGAAGUGGUAGUGGAAGACGAGGACGACCCCGGAACAUAUCGAUUUACCGACGACAUUCCUGAGCUGAAGCAUAACACGGGGUUCUGGACUGCCUACGUCAAGGCGUUGCAAGACUUCAGAGGUGAUGGAUUAUACUUCGACUCUCGCUUGGUUAUGCUCGAAGACUGCUCACCGUAUUAUCUUCGUGCUCAUUGGCGUGACUAUAUGGUAGGGGAGUUGCCGGCUUUGGUGCACUACCUCAAGGACGAUAUCUGGAGAGUGAACGAUUGA